CUCCUCUCCGCCCCUCUCUUUCUCCUGCCACACGAAACAAAAAAAAAAAAAGCACAUCUCCAGGUCCAGCAACGACAUCUAUCGCCUCAUCCCAAGAACGCCCAAGCCGCCGGCCGACCAGGUGAAGGAUGAUGUUGAACUUCAGGGACUGGAUCUCCUACCGGAUCGGCUCGUCCCUGCAGUCGGCGAGGCCCUUCGCAAUCUCCGGGGCCGACGACGGCGCCUCCGAGGCCGAUGCUCAUGGUACAACACAAAAUGAGUUUGUAGACACAGUGUCUGCCAACAGAUUUCCUUCCAAUGAUAGCCGUGCAUCAGAGGUCACAUCCAGCCCACAGGAUGCUUCUGGUCAUCUUCAGCUAGACCAUGAUAGCAAGAGCCCAGAUCCGCUGAAGCAAGUUGAGGCACUUCAGAUUAAGUUUUUGCGCCUGGUACACAGGACUGGAGUGCCUCCCAGUACCAAUGUAGUGGCACAGGUACUGUACAGACUGCAGCUUGCCAACCUGAUCAAGGCUGGUGAAUCAGAUGCCAAGAGAACCAACCUCGCUAUCAACAAAGCCAGAGUUAUAGCGGCAGAACAAGAAGCACCCGGUGGGCCAGAUUUGGACCUCCCCUUGCGAAUCCUUCUUCUGGGAAAGACUGGUGUAGGGAAGAGUGCCACAAUUAACUCCAUUUUUGAUGAAACAAAGGUUGCGACCAAUGCACUUGUUCCUGGUACUAGUAGGAUAAAGAGGGUUGAUGGAACUAUCAAAGGAGUAAGAGUUACAGUUAUCGAUACACCUGGUCUGAUGCCUCAUUACCAUAGCCAACGGAGGAACAGGAAGAUUUUGCAUGCCGUCAAGCGUUUCAUUAAAAGAUCGCCGCCUGAUAUCAUCUUGUACUUUGAGCGACUUGACCAUAUUAACAGCAAAUACAGUGACUACCCUCUGCUGAAGCUUAUGACUGAUAUUUUGGGUUCUUCAAUGUGGUUCAACACAGUCCUUGUGAUGACUCACUGUUCCUCAUCUCCUCCUGAAGGACCAGAUGGCUAUCCUUUGGAGUAUGAUGCGUACACCCGUUAUUGUAAGAAUGUCGUCCAGCGUCAUAUCCAGGUAGCAGCUUCUAACACACAGCUGGAGAACCCUAUUGUUCUGGUUGACAAUCAUCCAAUGUGCAGACGAAACACCAGAGCUGAAAGAGUUCUGCCAAAUGGGCAGGUAUGGGUAUCAGAACUUUUGCUUCUGUGUGGGGCGACCAAGUUGUUGGCAGAAGCAAAUUCGUUACUCAAGUUUCAAGAUAGUUUUCUACUGUCACAAGCAAAUACCAGGCUACCUUCACUGCCUCAUCUUCUUUCAUCACUCCUUAAACCCUAUUCGUCAUCGAGUUCUGACGGUGUUGGCAGUGAGAUGACUGAACUAUCAGAUGAGGAGGAUGACUAUGAUCAGCUACCACCAUUUCGCCUUCUCAAGAAAUCUGAAUUCGAAAAAUUGACCAAGGAACAGAGAACUGCAUAUCUUGAUGAACUGGACUAUCGUGAGACUUCAUACCUAAAACAGCAGUGGAAGGAAGGAAUCAGAAGGCAAAAGCUUGCUGAAGCUCAAAACAGUGAUGUGUCACCUGCGGUUGCUGAUGAUUAUGAAGAGAGCACAUCCCCAGAGGUUGUGCACAUGUCAGACAUGGAAAUCCCGUUAAGUUUUGACUCUGAUUAUCCAGCGUACCGCUACCGACACCUUAUAACUAAUGAUCAGUUGUUUAGACCAGUUUUGGACCCCCAAGGAUGGGACCAUGAUAUUGGGUUUGACGGGAUCAAUUUUGAAUCAUGUCAUGAUUAUAAAAAGAACAUAUCCGCAUCAAUCGCGGGACAGAUGAGAAAGGAUAAAGAAGACAUGUAUAUCCAAUCAGAAUGUUCAGUAAGCUAUGCUGAUCAGAGUGGCUAUUCCUUGAUGGGGGGCAUGGAUAUGCAAACAGCGAGUAAGGAUUUGGUUUGUACUGUUCAUGGGGUUGCCAAGUUCCGAAAUUUGGCUUGGAACACCACUGGAGGAGGCAUUUCUGUUACUAAAUUUGGGACGAGGUAUUUUUCUGGAGCCAAAUUGGAGGACUCGGUCAUCAUUGGUAAACGAGUUCAGUUGGUAGCCAAUGCCGGGAGGAUGGUUGGUGGUGGACAAGUGGCAGAUGGAGGUGGCCUUGAAGUCACAGUAAGGGGAAAAGACUACCCUGUGAGAGAAGGGAGCACCACCAUCGCAGCCACUGUUCUCUCGUUUGAGAAAGAGACUGUACUCAGUGCGAACCUUCAGUCAGUCUUCCGAGUGGGCCGUGGGUCAAAACUAUCGGUUGGCGCCAACAUAAACAGCAGAAACCUAGGCCAACUCUGCAUCAAGACCAGCACUUCAGACCAUGCGGAAAUAGCUCUGGUUGCGGCCAUCUCACUAGUUCAGUUCAUGCUAAGGAGAAGAUCGCCGCCGACUGACAAAGAUGAGCAGCGGUUUGACAGCGAUUUAGAUGAGUAAGUUGACAGAUAGGAGGAAGAGCGGACGGCCUUGCCAUGCUGUAAACGGUCAGCAACGUCAGGAAUGGCUCCUGCUGGUGAAGCUACGUUGCCUGCCACGAAUCUAGGUUUUCCAAAUUGUACAGACUUGCUGUAUGUAUGUCUGAUUUACGAAGACAUCUCUUCUAUUCUGGCAAAGAGUAUUUUCUGCCUCUAGGGUUACAAGAUCCAGUUUUGACAUCACACAAAGUGUAGCUUUUGCCAUCUCUGUCACAUAAAGAUAUCUGUUUUCUUUCUAGCAAACAAAAGUUAUUCCAUUGAUCACAGAGUCACAGACUAUUAUACUGCCUAUGACUUGGAUAUGGAGGAGACAAUUUCAAA